AUGGAUUCGGUUAUUCAGUACCUCAUUUUGUUACUCGCAUUCGAGGCUCGCCUUGGUGGCUUGGUAGAGUCUCCCUCUCCUUCUCCAAAGGCAUUUAAGGAGGAGGACGAUGAUGGUGACUCCGACGACGACGACGAUGAUGAUGAUGAUGAGGAUGAGGAUGCUAGCUUGCCCACAACACGCCGGACAAAACGGGUUAAUAAAAAGGCUUUGGUUGAUCUCAGGACUUUCCUUAUGCACUGUGCAGCAGUGGGAAACAACGAUCUCAAGGGUGCAAAUGAGGUGCUAUUGCAGAUUAGGCUGCACGCUUCUCCUUUUGGUGAUGGGUCUCAAAUGCUGGCCCAUUGCUUUGCUAAUGCACUUGAGGCACGCUUGGCUGGCACUGGAAGUGAGCUAUAUGCAGCACUGGCUGCAAAGAAAACGUCCUCUAUUCUUAUGUUAAAAGCUUACAGCUUGUUUCUUUCAGCCUGCCCUUACAUGAAGAUCAUAAAUUUCUUUACAACACAAAUGAUUAUGGACAUUGCAGAGAAAUCUACUAGACUUCACAUCAUUCAUUUUGGUAUUCUGUAUGGUUUUCAAUGGCCUGGCCUUAUCCAGCGCCUCUCAAAAAGAGCCGGUGGGCCUCCUGUGCUACGCAUUACAGGAAUAGACAUUCCUCAACAUGGAUUCCAGCUAGCAUCAAUGGUCGAAGAAACAGGCUGGCGCUUAGCAAUUUAUUGUGAGAGAUUUAAAGUCCCUUUUGAGUACAAUGCCAUAGCACAGAAACGGGAAACUAUCCAAGUCGAUGACCUCAAGAUUAACAAAGAUGAGGUGAACUCUUUAUACCGGUUUAGGUACUUAUUUGAUGAGAAAGUGGUGGAAAGUAGUCCUCGAGACACUGUUUUGAAUUUGAUUAAGAGGAUUAACCCUGAUUUAAUUAUCCAUGGGGUUGUUAAUGGGGCCUAUAGUGCACCAUUUUUCACUUCAAGGUUCCGGGAGGUACUGUACAACUACUCUGCAGCGUUUGAUAUGUUUGAUGCCAAUGCAUCCCGUGAAGACCAGGAAAGGAUGGUGUUUGAACAAGAAAUAUAUGGAAAGGAGGUUUUGAAUGUAAUAGCAUGUGAAGGGGCAGAGAGGGUUGUAAGGCCAGAGGUGUAUAAGCAGUGGCAGCUAAGGAAUAUGAGGGCUGGAUUGAGGCAACUUCCAUUGAACCAGGAGAUUGUCAACAAAAUGAAGGACCAAGUGAAGCUAUGUUACCACAAGGAUUUCUUGGUGGAUGAAGAUAGCCAGUGGUUGGUACAAGGAUGGACGGGGAGAAUACUCUGUGCUCUCUCUUGUUGGAAAGUUGCCUAA